AUGGCGGGACGGGCCGCGAUGCGAACCCCUGAGCCGCCCGACCGCGACGAACGCGAAGCUUCGCCACCGCGACUGGCAAGACCGAAACGCAUCACCAGACCACCCCGAAUCUAUGCUCAAGAACAAGAAAUCGACAAUGAACAGAGGCAGACGCGACCUCAGCAAAAGAAGAGGACUGGACCCGAAUCUCAGCCUGAUAAGGCAGCUUCGGAUGACUCCGCGACCGAGAGCGACAACCUCGAUGUGAACGAUUUGGUGAAAGAGAUCGCCAAACUCAGGACAGAAAUCAGACUACGAGACGAGUUGCACAAGGAAGAACUACAAAAAGCCAAAGCAGAGUUCGGUGCUGCCCUCGCCGGGGUCCAGCACGAGCUACAGAACCUGACAGACAGGACCCCGACAUCGCAGUGCAACUCCGAAGCGUGCGCCCAGACGGGUCACGAUGAAAUCCUCCGAGAAAUCCAAUCCCUACGUGAAGAAAUCAGCGCUCCCGCUUUCACAGGUUCCCCGUCCUAUGCCGAUGUCGCCCGCACUCCCCCGCUCAGCCACCCGAGUAAUAUACGGAGCCUCUCGACAUCGAACACAACACCAACCACGUUCACCGACACACUCUAUUGCACAAUCGACACCUCCAGGAUGGCAGAGAACGAAAACGAGAGGAUGUCUGCGGGCUCUAUCCGGGCGGCAGUCGAGACAGAGAUCCGAGCGACGGCAGACCACACGCACUGGCGCUGUCGCGCCGUCACUGUGGACCCGAAGAACACGAACCGGAUCAGAAUAGCGUGCCGCGACGAAGCCGAGCACCAGCUGAUCAAGAAAGUGGCGGAAUCCCAAAUCGGUGCGGGGGCACGGGUGCUUCGGGAUGAGCUUUACCCUAUCAAAGUUGACAGCGUUAACAAAGCCGCAGUUCUGGAUGAAAAAGAUGAGAUCCGUGUCGGAGCAGCCGCCGCCUUCAGCGAGGAGAACGAAGCCACCGUUGCGAAAAUCGCAUGGCUUAGCAAGAGGGAGAGCGCAAAAGCAUAUGGGUCAAUGGUCGUCUACCUCACUAAAGGUAGUGACGCACGGAGACUGCUAGCCGACGGGUUCUUCCAUGCUGGGGGAGAAUCCGGCGUAACCAGCACCUUCGAGCACCGACCACGACCGAUGCAAUGCUAUAAGUGCCAGGAGAUUGGCCACAAGGCUUUUCAGUGCAAGAAUGCCCAGAGAUGCGCAAAUGCGUUCCAUGCGGGGGCCCUCACGAAUCGUUCAGCAGAAACUGUCGGAAGCUCUAUCCGCCACGCAAUGAAUAAAACGCUCCGAGUGAUGCAACUGAAUGUGAGGAAACAGGGUGAGGUGCAUGAAAGCCUCAUGAACGACCAAGAUACCGCAAACGCAGUGGCACUAGCGAUCCAGGAGCCCCAGGCGAGGAGGAUUCAAGGCCGGCUCUUGACCACCCCGAUGGGGCACCACAAGUGGACCAAGAUGGUUCCCUCCACGUGGAGGGAAGGGAGAUGGGCGAUCCGAAGCAUGCUGUGGGUCAACAAGGAUGUGGAAGCGGAGCAAGUGCGGAUUAAUUCGCCGGACCUAACGGCGGCCGUCAUUCAGCUUCCCGAGCGACGGAUUUUUAUCGCAUCAGUUUAUGUAGAGGGAGGGGAUGCCUUUGCGUUGAUCGACGCAUGCGAUCACCUCCGAAAAGCAAUCGCAAAGGUACGGCGAGGCUCGGGGACGAUGGUGGAGAUCAUGAUCAUGGGGGACUUUAACCGCCAUGAUCAACUGUGGGGAGGAGACGAGGUGUCCUCAGUCAGACAAGGCGAGGCGGAUUCGAUCAUCGAUCUCAUGAAUGAAUUUGGACUCAGCAGCCUGCUCAAACGGGGCACCAAGACAUGGCACGGCGGAGGAUAUUCGGGGGACUGCGAGUCGACGAUCGACCUCGUUCUCGCCUCGGAAAACUUGACGGACUCGAUGACCAAAUGUGCGGUCCACGGAACGGGGCACGGUUCAGAUCAUGUUACCAUUGAGACUGUUUUUGAUGCGCCUUGGAUAGCUCCAACGCAGACAGACAGACUGCUGCUCAAGAAUGCACCGUGGAAAGAGAUCAAUGCCAGAAUCGCGAGCACGCUAACUGCCACUCCGGUGGAAGGUUCCGUGCAGCAGAAGACCGAUCGGCUGAUGUACGCGGUGUCGGAAGCGGUUCGUGCGUUGACGCCGAAGGCCAAACCAUCACCGCACGCAAAGCGGUGGUGGACGGCGGACCUGACACAACUUCGUCAGAUAUACACACAUUGGAGAAACCACGCCCGCUCGGAACGACGAGCAGGACGAAAGGUGCCACAGCUGGAUGACAUGGCUGCAAGCGCCGCAAAGCAAUACCACGACGCGAUUCGGAAACAAAAGAAGAAACACUGGAACGAUAUCUGA